AUGCCGUCCUCAGAUUAUAGCUCGGCUAUUGGCGGCGGCCUGAAGCUCAAGGGAGCCGGCGUGGACAAGAAGAAAAAGAAGAAGUCGAAACCCAAGCCUCCAGCUGAAAACAAGAGCAAGGAAGACGGUGCCGGUUCAGCAGCGGAGAACGAGUCGAGCGCAUUGCAAAAAGCGCUGGCGGAGGAGGAGGGUGAAGUCGAGAAGCCUCAAGAGUCGGAAGUGAACACGUUCGGGAAGACUGAGGCACAAAGGCGGCACGAGGAGCGGAGGAAGAAGAGGGCGAGUUUGGCUUCUCAACUUUACAUUGCUGGACACGCGAGACUGACUAUUCCUCAGCUCGACGAACGACUCAAGCGCGAAGGCGUACAGACCCACAAAGAGCGUGUGCAGCAGUUGAACAAGUACCUCUCCACCCUCAGCGAGCACAAUGACAUGCCGCGCAUCGGGCCAGGCUAA